GCAGAGCCUGGGCGCGCGGAGCGGCAUCCUGAGUCGACGGCUGCGCGUGGUGGCGAACGGGGACCAGGUGACGAAUCGAAUCAUCUCUGAGCUGGCGAUGGUGCUCCCCGUGCUGCUCUCCUCCCCGAAGUGUCACCCCAGCCAGCCAGGAUGGCCCUGUCCCCCAGCGGCGGGGACUGGCUCUGGGGCCACCUGCCCUUGGGCCCAGUCCAGCCACGCCCAUGCCUGGGCCCCCUGCUCCUCUUGUGCCUGGACUCUUUUACCUGUGCUCCAUGCGUGUCCACCAUGGCGGAACAGGACGUGGAGAACGAGCUUCUGGACUAUGAAGAGGAUGAGGAGCCACAGGCCCCUACCGAGAGCAGCACCCCGGCACCCCCCAAGAAAGACGUCAAGGGCUCCUACGUGUCUAUCCACAGCUCCGGCUUCCGGGACUUUCUGCUCAAGCCGGAGCUGCUGCGGGCCAUUGUGGAUUGCGGUUUCGAGCACCCAUCUGAGGUCCAGCACGAGUGCAUCCCCCAGGCCAUCCUGGGCAUGGACAUCCUAUGCCAAGCCAAGUCCGGGAUGGGCAAGACGGCUGUGUUCGUGCUUGCCACCCUGCAGCAGAUUGAGCCCGUCAACGGACAGGUGACAGCCCUGGCCAUGUGCCACACGAGGGAACUGGCCUUCCAGAUCAGCAAGGAAUACCAGCGCUUCUCCAAGUACAUGCCUAGUGUGAAGGUAUCUGUGUUCUUCGGGGGUCUCUCCAUCAAGAAGGACGAGGAAGUGCUGAAGAAGAACUGCCCCCACGUGGUGGUAGGGACCCCUGGGCGCAUCCUGGCACUGGCACGGAACCGGAGCCUCAACCUGAGGAACGUGAAGCACUUUGUGCUGGAUGAGUGCGACAAGAUGCUGGAGCAGCUGGACAUGCGACGCGACGUGCAAGAGAUCUUCCGGCUGACGCCCCACGAGAAACAGUGCAUGAUGUUCAGCGCCACCUUGAGCCGGGACAUCCGGCCCGUGUGCCGCAAGUUCAUGCAGGAUCCCAUGGAGGUGUUCGUGGACGACGAGACCAAGCUGACCCUGCACGGCCUGCAGCAGUACUACGUGAAGCUCAAGGACAGCGAGAAGAACCGCAAACUCUUCGACCUGCUGGACGUGCUGGAGUUCAACCAGGUGGUCAUCUUCGUGAAGUCUGUGCAGCGCUGCAUGGCCCUGGCGCAGCUCCUGGUGGAGCAGAACUUUCCGGCCAUCGCCAUCCACCGGGGCAUGGCGCAGGAGGAGCGCCUGUCCCGCUACCAGCAGUUCAAGGACUUCCAGCGCCGCAUUUUGGUGGCCACCAACCUCUUUGGCCGAGGGAUGGACAUCGAGCGGGUCAACAUUGUCUUCAACUACGACAUGCCCGAGGACUCGGAUACUUACCUCCACCGGGUGGCCCGCGCCGGCCGCUUCGGCACCAAGGGUCUGGCCAUCACGUUCGUGUCGGACGAGAAUGAUGCCAAGAUCCUCAACGAUGUCCAGGACCGGUUUGAGGUGAACGUGGCCGAACUGCCUGAGGAGAUCGACAUCUCCACCUAUAUUGAGCAGAGCCGGUAACCAUAGCCCCAGCUACCCCUGCCUCCCAAGCCUCGCCCCCGGUGCUGCCACGACCCUGCAGGCUUUCAGGGCCUUCAUUUCACAACGCUGAGAAGCUCAAGUUUGUGCUUGUGUGAGAAUAAAUUUUUAUUACGAA